GAUCAGCUAUAUAAGAAAGCAGCACCAAAUGAUUACACUACUUCUACUUCCUCUGCCACUUCUAUAAUAACUAUAAACCUCCCAAACCAAAAAUCCCAAUUCCAAACCCUCCUCCUUCCUCUACUCAGCUCGCUUCCCACAUGACACAUCCCUUCAGAUUUCUCGGCGGCGUCAACGCAUCGGCGUCCGCCGAGUCCUCGUCCACAUCGUCGCCGCCGCCGCCGGGGGCCGAGCCCGUCGACUCCGACUUCGUGGUCAUCCUAGCCGCCCUCCUCUGCGCCUUAAUUUGCGUCCUGGGCCUAGUCGCAGUUGCGCGCUGCGCCUGGCUCCGCCGGAUCUCCGGCGGCGGCCGGUCCUCUCCGCGUCCCCCGGCGAACAAGGGCCUCAAGAAGAAGGUCCUCCGGUCGCUUCCCAGGGCCACCUUCACCGCCGCCGAGCACGCGGGGAAGCUCGCCGACUGCGCCAUCUGCCUCGCGGAGUUCGCCGCGGGGGACGAAAUCCGAGUGCUGCCGCAGUGCGGCCACGGCUUCCACGUCGGAUGCAUCGACACGUGGCUCGGAUCUCACUCCUCGUGCCCGUCCUGCCGGCAGAUUCUUGUCGUUGCCCGGUGCCAGAGAUGCGGCGGACUACCGGCGAACUCCGCCGCUGGAGCUGAAGCCGACGCCGGAGCGAGGGAGAGGGAAGAUUUCAACGUCAAUGCGUUCUUACCCUAACAAAAAGGGUUCAUUCUCUUCUCCCUCUCCUCAUCCACACACCACACCCUCUUCCUUCUCUACGUUUUCUCCUUUGUCUGAAAAUUAUUGUUUUCACUAAAUUAGGGUUCUGAAUUUCUUGGUA